AUGCUACGAACAAUUCAUAUUGGUCUUCCAUCUAUUCAACCGUCUCCCGAAGAUAGGCCAAAAAUGUCAUCUGUGGUUCUUAUCUUUGUCAGUAAAGGAGAAUCUCUGAUGCCUAUACAACCUGGUUUUCUUACAGAAAGGAAUGGAGAAAUUUCAAAGGUUACUGGAGAGCUUAGAUGGCUUGCAUUGCUCAAUUUAUCUCAUAAUAGUCUCACAGGACCUAUCCCAUCAUUGCUGAGAAAAAUGAAAGAACUCCAAUCUUUAGAUUUGUCCUCAAAUCAACUGACAGGGGCUAUUCCACCUCAGUUAACUGCAUUGACAUUACUUUUCUCUUUAUAUCCUUUCCUUUUGUUUGUUGCUGCAGGCAAUAAUAAAAUAGGUGGUACAUUUCCGUCAUGGCUUUAUGCACUUGGAGAGCUAGAAGUUCUUGUCUUGCGAUCAAAUAAACUCUAUGGUACAAUAAGUGGAAGGAGCAUAGAAGAUCCCUUCCCCAAGUUGCGGAUUGUGGAUCUGUCCAACAAUCAAUUCACAGGCCAUUUGCCAAUUCAAUACUUUAAGAAUAUGAAAUCAACUGAUAAUUUGUAUCGUUAUCAGAAUGACACAGGAGUUUUUUCUUUCCAUUAUGAAGCAUCUGUCUCAUUAACUGUGAAGGGAACAGAGUAUGAAGUGAAAAAUAUCCUUCAUAUUUACACAACCAUUGAUCUGUCCUGCAACAAGUUUCAAGGAGAAAUUCCUGACGUUAUUGGAGAGCUUAGAUGGCUUGCAUUGCUGAACUUAUCUCAUAAUAGUCUAACAGGACAUAUCCCAUCAUUGCUGAGAAAUAUGAAAGGACUCCAAUCUUUAGAUUUGUCUUCAAAUCAACUGAAAGGGGCUAUUCCACUUCAGUUAACUGCAUUGACAUUUCUAGAGGUCUUGAACCUCUCGGGAAACCAUCUUAGUGGAGAGAUUCCUCAGAAAGGGCAGUUCAGCACAUUUAACAUUGAUUCUUAUCUAGGAAACUCCGCGUUAUGUGGUUCACCUUUGAUGAAGAAAUGUGCAAACACAGCAUCACCUCCACAAGAAGCCGGAAAUGGUGAUGAAGAUGAAGCUGGUGAUGAAUUGACAUGGGAAGCAAUCGUGAUGGGAUAUGGAUGUGGACUGAUAUGUGGAUUGUCAUCUGCAUACAUUGUUCUCAAACUAGGAAAGCCUUGGUGGUUUGUGAGAUAUAUCGAAGUACUGCAACAGAAGUUGAUGAAAAGAUAUGCAUGA